AUGCCAGCAUCCUCUACAGGCCCUCCUAAGCCUCGAAAACCCCGCCCUUCAAGAGCGCGAGGUCUACGCACAACAACUGGUUGUCUUACGUGUAGACGGAGAAGGGUCAAAUGUGACGAACUCAGGCCUCGGUGUGCAACAUGCACAAAGUCAGACCGAGAAUGCGUCUACUCAUCCUCAAAGGAUACGUUGGCGGACACAGCAAGCCCAGUCUCAGGCUCGGUGCAGUCCACGUCCCCUGCACAUGAAGAUGCCUCUUCGUCUACUGCCUUUUCACCGGGCUCAGCAGCCUCUGCUCGAAGACCCCUUCCUCGGGAAAUCGAUCCCCUGGUUUGGCAAGCCUCGCCUGAACUCUUGUUUGAGUCUCCUUCAACUGUCAUCAAUUCUCUGCCAUCGCCCAAUUCGGCGCCGCUAGCUUAUUACGACUUGCUUGCCGAAGAUGCCAUGAACAAUAUUGACAAGUAUAAUUUAAAUCUCGACCUGGAGAGGACUGCCUUGUCGCGGGCCCAAAGCCCCGAGGCAGGAACGCCGAAUGUAGAUCCUCAGCUAGCCCAACAGGAGCAAACGUCCGAAUCCGACUCUCAGAUGCAAGAGCAAUGGAACUCUACCGACAUUAUACCCAUCACAGACGAUGAGCUUGUUCUCUUCAGGCACUACGUCAGCGUCGUUGGUCCCAUUUUGGAUUUGAGUGACCCCUCCAAGCAAUUUACCACGGUUGUACCCGCCCUAGCCGUUCACAACGUCGGUUUACUAAAGUCCCUGCUUGCUGUAGCUGCGCGUCACAUGGCGCUCUUGAGUGAGCCGCAACUUGACCAACUCAGCCUCCAAGACCCUGCACCAAACCCCGAAAGCACCACUGCCAAUUUACGAAACCCAUUGCUUCAAGCCGCAACACAGUACUACUACGAAACGCUGCAUUACCUCUCCAAGAACCUCUUCUACCCUUCGUACUCGAAAUCGAGGGAAAUCAUCUCAACCUCCAUCCUCAUCAGCACAUAUGAGAUGUGGGACUCCGAGGGCCAAUACAGCAAUGGUGCAUGGGAAAGGCAUCUUCGUGGCAUAUUUUGGAUUCAAAGGAGCCAAAACAAUAAUGGAGAAUGCAGAGAUCCGCUGCGAAGGGCUGCUUGGUGGCAGUGGCUACGUCAAGAUUCGUGGGUUGCUUUUCGUGAAGGGCGACGAGUUCUGACUAUAUGGAGGCCUACCAAACGUUUGAUGGACCUAAACGCCGACGAGUUAGCCUUGCGUAUCGCGUACAUUUGCGGAAGGUGUAUAGACUUUGCUGCGACGGAGAAAAAGUAUGACAUAAAUACGCGCAUUGAGCAAGCCGGAAAGCUUCUCCAAGCACUUGAAGAUUGGCAUAAAGCGCUUCCUUCUUCGUUCCAACCCAUCUAUCGAGGGCCCCCACUCAGGCCAGGUGAAUCAUUCACGCCCAUCUGGAUCCACCCCCCUUCGUUUGCGGCUGCCAUUCAGAGCUUUCACAUUGGCCGGAUCCUGGUUCUCAUCAACCAGCCAUCAAUAGGAGGCAUAGAUGAGUUUCGAAUUCGACAACGAGCCUUGGAUGAGAGUGUCGAAACGAUAUGCGGUAUUGCGUCGUCGCCUCAAUCAAAAGAUCUACCCAAUGCCAUACCCAAUAUCCAGGCUAUCUACACCGCUGGCCUAUGCGUACAGGACCCAGUCAAGCAAACGGCGAUCAUGCAUCUUUUGGAGCAGACUCUUGACAUUACAAGAUUCCCGCCAAAAACAUUACUCGCGGACCUUGCUAAUUACUGGAGUGCUGAAUCGUGA